CUCUUCAGCCCAGCUUUUAUAAAACACGCACCGGCACCUACCAGCCGCCACCUUCCCGGCUCCUUUACUCGCCGGAGGCGAACCAGAACUCGUGCCACCUCCUCCUGUUCCUUGCCAUCUCCGAAUUCCCAUCUGAAAUUCCAAGGGCCGCGCCGUGCAAUCGAGGCUCUCCCCGCUCACCAUAUAUCGGAGGCUCCGCCCCCGCGCCUCGAAUCCUUCGCGAGAGGUGCUGUUGUUUGCCGUGAUUUGAGCCGGGUGGAGGUGUCUCGCUUCUUGAUCUUGAGAGGUGUUCCUGGUUGAUUGUUGGGAGCGAAGGCAUGAUACCUUCUGUGAGGAUCUCUCCUGGCUAUGCAGCCUUCUCUGGCUCCAGCCUACGCUUAAAAUUACAUUCAAUUCCAUCCAUCUCUAGUCUCAAACCCUCCAAAUAUGUGGUCUCCUCGCUGAAACCACUCUACCUAGCACCGCUAGAUGGUCCACACACUUCUGAGCUUAAGUCUUGGAGACAACCACUUGAGUUCCGUUGUGCUGCUUCUGCUGCCGAUGACAAGGAGUCAAAGACUCAGGUGGUGCCAGUUCAGUUGGAAGGCGCACAGAGGUUAAAGAUCUCCAUCUAUUUCGCGACCUGGUGGGCGCUUAAUGUGAUAUUUAACAUUUACAACAAGAAGGUUCUCAAUGCUUUCCCUUACCCCUGGCUCACCUCCACACUCUCCCUUGCCUGCGGCUCUGCGAUGAUGCUUUUCUCGUGGGCCACUCGUCUUGUUGAGGCCCCCAAGACCGACCUAGACUUCUGGAAAGUUCUUUUCCCGGUUGCUGUGGCACAUACAAUUGGCCAUGUUGCUGCGACAGUGAGCAUGUCUAAGGUGGCAGUGUCAUUCACACACAUAAUUAAAAGUGCAGAACCUGCAUUCACUGUUUUGGUGUCAAAGUUCCUCCUUGGGGAGACGUUUCCAGUUCCAGUCUAUCUUUCUCUUCUUCCAAUCAUUGGUGGUUGUGCUCUAGCUGCUGUCACAGAGCUGAACUUUAAUAUGGUUGGAUUUAUGGGUGCUAUGAUAUCCAACCUUGCAUUUGUUUUCCGCAACAUCUUCUCGAAGAGGGGCAUGAAGGGGAAGUUCGUCAGUGGCAUGAAUUACUAUGCUUGCCUGUCAAUAAUGUCGCUGGUCAUACUGACUCCAUUUGCUAUAGCUAUGGAAGGUCCUCAGAUGUGGGCUGCUGGUUGGCAAAAGGCUGUUGCAGAAGUUGGACCCAAUGUUGUCUGGUGGAUCGCUGCACAGAGCGUGUUCUAUCACUUAUAUAACCAGGUGUCCUACAUGUCUCUCGAUCAGAUCUCUCCAUUGACGUUUAGCAUUGGCAAUACAAUGAAACGUAUAUCAGUGAUUGUUUCAUCUAUAAUUAUCUUCCACACGCCUGUCCGCCCUGUCAAUGCACUGGGAGCUGCCAUUGCCAUCCUUGGCACAUUCCUGUACUCUCAGGCAAAGGCGUGAGGCUAAAGCUUUGGCCAAAGGAUCGGAGCCAGUAGCAGGCACUGGAUCCAGUUUUGCUUGUUGGAGUGGCAUGUAGAUAUAAGGUUCGGUUUUCGUGAGAGAGAGGGUAAUAAUGGAUCAGUGGCUCUGCUGUUCCGUUCUUGUUUGUUGACCAGAUUGAAAUGCACAGGCCGUGACAUGAACCGUCGUCAAGUGUACCUGAAUAACACCGUAACGAAAUUCACCGAUGCUGUUUCUUUAUGGGUAUGUAAUCCAAACCGGAAUCCUGGUUUCAAUAGAAAUAGUUUCUGCUAUCAGAAGUUAUUAGUCGUUGUGCAUUCCAGUAUUUUAGCAGAGCUAAGCUGCGAGCCAUGACCAUGACCAUGAGCGCUUGAACCUCCCUACCUUUCUGGCGUUUGAGCAUCAUCAGAAGUUAGCUUGAACAAGCAAGAGUGAAGAUUUCGAAGGCUUGAAGAAUGUUCUCUGCAUCAGUGUACAAAUAUAUUGCAGGGCUAGUACAACAAAGUAGAAUGUGAUGUUAUGUUUAGCUGCAUUGUGAUUGCUUUGCCAGUUUACAUGUAACAACUAAAAAGAUAGCUGGGACGUAAAAUAAUACUACCUUUGUUCUCGGAUA